GGGCAAGCAGUGCCUCCUCGUGCUCUCUUUGAGGUGGGUUGGCUUCUCCUCCCCCUCUUUACCUUUUCCUCCUCGGUUCGGUUCCGUGGUUCGUCUAGGGUUUAGUGGGUUGAGAUGGCGGCGCCGGAUGUCGAGUACCGCUGCUUCGUCGGCGGCCUCGCCUGGGCCACCGACGACCGCUCCCUCGAGGCCGCCUUCUCCACCUACGGCGAGAUCCUCGACUCCAAGAUCAUCAACGACAGGGAGACGGGGAGGUCACGUGGGUUUGGCUUCGUCACCUUCUCCUCCGAGCAGUCGAUGCGCGACGCCAUCGAGGGCAUGAACGGCAAGGAGCUCGACGGCCGCAACAUCACCGUCAAUGAGGCCCAGUCCCGCCGCUCCGGCGGCGGAGGCGGGGGCUACGGCGGCGGCGGUGGCGGCUACGGCGGCGGUCGUGGAGGCGGCGGCUACGGAGGAGGUGGCGGCGGCGGCUACGGGCGCCGUGAGGGCGGCUACGGUGGCGGCGGCGGCUACGGCGGCGGCCGUGGCGGCGGCGGCGGCGGCUACGGUGGCAGCCGUGGCGGCGGCUACGGCGGCGACUCCGGCGGGAACUGGAGGAACUGAUUGGUGGGGCCCAUCGUGGCCAGUUAUCCUUAGCUAUCCGUGUCAGAAUCAUCUUAUCAUCGAGUCGAGUCGUUAUCGUGUCCAGUGGCUCUCUCGAGUCGAGAAGCCCUCUAUCCAUCCAUCCAGUGUUAGGUGUUCUUCGUCCGUGAUGUUACCAUGAAUUGAGUUCGCUUUGGUUAUGGUGUUUGAACUGCUUGUUGCUAUCUAUCGGAAUGAAAUGAAAUAGAAAACAAGGAGAAAAAAAAGAGUUCGAAAGUUUUGUUCGCA